GCGGUGAAGCAGAGCAGAGCAGGGAGCGACCGGGACCGCUGAGAACCAGAGAACCAGAUCCAGCUGCAGAUCAGCUUACAGCAUCUGGAACAGGAGAAAGACGCAGCAGAGAAAGUCUCUCCAGCUCUGCUGCUCCACACUUUCACUGCCUCUUUGGAAAAAGCAUGUAGUUGCGUUUCUUGAGAAUAAUCUCCAGAAGGCUGAUGACUAGUUGAUGAGAGAGAAGUGAGAGCCGCUCGUUCAGGCUCCGUUUCCUGUUCAGCCAGCAAGCUGCAGCUGGAGAAGCAAGAAGCUCCUGCAGCUCCACGGAACACCCUGGUCCAGUCCUCCUCUCUGCGGUCCUCCGGUCCUCACAGCGCAGAGCAGUCAGUCCUCGGAGCAACCAGCAACCAGCAACCAGCUGGAGACGUGAUACAGUAACAGGAACAAUGUGCGACCUGCUGCCAGCCUCACAGCCGCAGGAGAAAAUGGGCAAAAUGAAAAAGUUGAGGAGAACUUUGUCGGAGAGUUUCAGGAGUAUCGCUUUCAAGAAAGAGGACAGCGGCUUUGAUGAGAUAUGUGUCACAAAGAUGUCAACACGCAGCUGCCAGGGAACAGACUCGGUCAUCAAGCCCCUGGACACCAUCCCUGAGGACAAGAAGGUGAGAGUGCAGCGCACGCAGAGCGGCUUCGACCCGUUCGAGAAGCCCGCCAGCCAGGUGAAGAGGGUCCACUCCGAGAACAAUGCCUGCAUCAACGCCAAGAGCUCGUCCACCGGCAAGGAGUCACCCAAACUGCGUCGACACUCCAGCCCGAGUUCUCCUACAAGCCCCAAGUUUGGAAAGGCAGAUUCCUAUGAGAAGCUGGAGAAACUGGGAGAAGGCUCAUAUGCUACAGUUUACAAAGGAAAGAGCAAGGUGAACGGGAAGCUGGUGGCUCUGAAGGUGAUUCGUCUGCAAGAGGAGGAAGGGACGCCCUUCACAGCCAUACGAGAAGCAUCUCUUCUGAAAGGCCUGAAGCAUUCCAACAUCGUGCUCCUCCAUGACAUCAUCCACACCAAGGAAACCCUGACUCUGGUCUUUGAGUAUGUGCACACAGACCUGUGUCAGUACAUGGACAAACACCCUGGGGGGCUCCAUCCAGACAACGUGAAGCUGUUCCUGUACCAGUUACUGAGAGGCUUGUCCUACAUCCACCAGAGGUACAUCCUUCACCGCGACCUGAAACCACAAAACCUGCUCAUCGGUGACACUGGAGAGCUCAAACUCGCUGACUUCGGCCUGGCCAGGGCCAAGUCGGUCCCCAGCCAUACCUACUCCAACGAGGUGGUGACCCUAUGGUACCGGCCUCCAGAUGUCCUGCUGGGAUCCACAGACUACUCCACCUGCCUGGACAUGUGGGGAGUGGGCUGUAUCUUCAUCGAGAUGAUCCAGGGAGUGGCUGCCUUUCCUGGGAUGAAGGACAUCCAGGACCAGCUGGAGAGGAUAUUCCUGGUCCUCGGCACCCCGUCUGAGGAUACCUGGCCUGGCGUUAACUCUCUGCCUCACUUCAAACCAGACCGCUUUACAGUGUACAGCGCUAAGAAGCUCAGACAAGCGUGGAAUAAGUUGGGCUACGUGGACCAUGCCGAGGAGUUGGCUUCCAGGUUCCUCCAGUGCUUCCCAAAGAACCGGCUGUCAGCCCAGGCAGCGCUGAACCACGAAUACUUCAGCAACCUUCCUCCACGGCUCUGUGAGCUGACGGACAUGUCUUCUAUCUUCACCGUACCAAAUGUCAAGCUGCAGACAGAGAGCGGGGACAGCAUACAGGUGUGUGCACGAAGGAACAGCCAUGGAAAGGCAUCCUCUGGCAGCAAACACUGACCUGAGGCAGCAUCCUGCACAUGAUUGCCUGACAGGUGACUGUUGCAAAAAAAAAGAAAAGAAAAGAUGAAGACAAAGAUGGAGGAUCCAGACAAAUGGAAGAGCCCCAGUUCUCUUUAUUUAUUACCUUCACAAUACGUGUGAGCGUGGGUGUAUGUGUGUGUGUGCGUGAGAAAGAGAGUUAGCAUCGGGUAUAGAUAUGAAUGCAUGUGUGCAUUAUGAACGGUACCUAAGAUUUCAGGCUUAUCAUUUGCAAAUCAAUUUUGUUUACUUUUUAUAAGGUUCCAAUAACUCAUAUAUCAUCGUCACAGUAUAAACAAAAGGACUUUA